UCGCGGCGCCUCACGGCCUCACGGCCUCACUUUAGACUUUAGUCUGCAAAGGAACUCGCGAGUUUCAUACCCUUGGCGAAACCGCGAAACUGAGGUCCCCUACCAACAGCUGUUGGCAAGUGGGUGACCACGAGUUAAGAUGUCUGUUGGAUGCAGCGGUAUGCUCUUCUUGGGCUUGGCUCGCCGCUUCUGCCGCUCGUACAGUACGAAUAAGGCAUUGGAUGGCUUUCCUGAGCAUGUGAAGGUAGUGGAAGUGGGAGCUAGAGAUGGACUUCAAAAUGAAAAGACAAUUGUAGCGACACAGACCAAGAUUGAGUUUAUCAACCGCCUGUCAAGUGCAGGCCUCCCAGUGGUGGAAGCCACAAGCUUUGUGUCACCCAAGUGGGUACCACAAAUGGCGGACAGCAGCCAAGUGAUGCGUGGGAUUCAGAAGCAGAAGGGAGUGAGCUAUCCUGUGCUUGUGCCCAACAUGAAAGGAUUCCAAGCAGCAGUGGAGGCUGGAGCCCAGGAGAUAGCAGUCUUUGGAGCUGCCUCGGAGACAUUCAGUCGGAAAAACAUCAAUUGUGGAAUUGAGGAAAGUCUGGCAGCAUUUGGUCCUGUGGUGGAAGCAGCCAAGGCAAAGGGGAUACGGGUACGAGGCUACGUAUCCUGCGUGGUGGGAUGCCCCUACGAGGGCAGCGUGGCACCUCGUGCAGUGGCAAAGGUGGCUGCCCAUCUGUACAGGGCUGGCUGCUAUGAGAUCUCACUGGGGGAUACUGUGGGAGUAGGUACACCAGGAACAGUACGCCCCAUGCUGCAAGAGGUAAUGCGGGAAGUACCCGUGACUGCCCUGGCAGUGCACUGUCACGAUACGUAUGGCCAGGCCUUGGCAAACAUCCUGACAGCAUUAGAGAUGGGUGUGGCCACCGUGGACAGCUCAGCGGCAGGUCUUGGAGGCUGCCCUUAUGCCCGAGGCGCUUCAGGCAAUGUUGCCACUGAGGACGUCCUCUACAUGCUUCAUGGCAUGGGCAUUCCCACGGGUGUGGACUUGCAUAAGGUGAUAGCUGCAGGUAACUUCAUAUGUGAAGCCCUCAACCGCCCAAAUGGCUCGAAGGUGGCGCAAGCAACAAGCCGCCUGUAGGACCAAGAUUCUGCCUUUCUGCGAGACAAUCACUGUUUAAAUUAUAUGUUACUGUGCCCCCCUCUGCUAGGACAUUUGUUUACAUUAUAGGUUCUUACUCUGAAGAUAUUUCUGCUGAGUAGAUGUCUAUCUUCCCAUCAGUAUUUCAACAAAAUUGGUAUGGAAUAAAAUGAGGUAGUCAGAGUCAA